AUGACAUUGUGUAGAACGUGUUUAUCUAAAAGCGAUCUAAAACAAUUAUUUCCUGAUAAGAAUCUCGUUAGUUUACGGAUAGAACAGCUACAUUUAGUGUGCGGAAUAAAGAUAGAGCCAAAUGACGGCUUGUCUCAAUUAAUAUGUGAUUCCUGUUUAAAUCUUUUCAACGGCGCAUUGAAACUAAGAGAACUAAGCUCAAGAUCAGAAGAAAUAUUAAAAAAGUCAUUAAAAACAAUUAAAAUUGAAUUUGAACCAAUUGAAACUGAAAUAUCAACAAAAGAAUUAGAAAAAAAUAUAUCCUUACCACUUAAUGACCAUAGACAGAAUAAAAAGGUUGGAAAAAAGAGGUUUGACACCUCCAAACAAGAAUUUUCAGUGCGAAUUGAAGAUUUUGAAUCGAGUAAUGAUUCUGAUUUUAUGGAACAUUUUUUAAUAGAUGAUUUAGAGUCUAUAAAUAGUGAUAAGGAGGUCACAGUCCGUAUAGAAGACUAUGAAUCCAGCGACAGUUUGGACCAGGAGUUUAAAAAUAUAAUUAAAACUGAGAAAAAAGAAUUUAAUAAAAUUAACUAUUGGGACUCGAAAGAGAAAGAGUUAUUGGAGAGAGAGAAUAGGAAACAGCAGACGAAGGAGCAGGACGCCAAACUGCUGUCUUUGGCUGCACUGCCGUACAAUAACGGCGGUCCCCUAAAGUGUACCUUGUGUAACAAAGUGCUUCGUAAUGUUCAGAACUUUAAAUGCCACGCCAAAACACACUUCGAACCACAGAACGCUUGUGAUGAAUGCGGCAAAAAGUUUGUGAAUCCAAGUCAUAUGCGGUAUCACCAGCAACGUAUGCACGGCAGGAGGAAGCGGCUCGCCUGCACCAGCUGUAACUACAGAGCUGUUGACCCAUUGCAGUUACAGAAUCACGUCCGCGCAGCUCACACGGGGGAUCGACCAUACGUGUGUGACGUAUGCGGCCACUCAUUCCGAAUGCGUGCCAAUAUAGCGCAGCAUAUGAGAAAGCAUUUCGGAGUUAGGAAUCUCCAGUGCGACAGAUGCCCCGCGAUGUUCCGCAGUCGCUCGGAGCUGACGAGUCAUCAGAAUAGAGUGCACUACCUUCUCUAUACGUAUCACUGCUACCUCUGUCCUGAGACCUACAAGCGACCAGCAUCAGUGAAGAAACACUUAGCCAACGUGCAUGGCAUACAGAGACAUCUCCAGCUGCCCGUCAAGUGUGUUAAGACCAAACGCAGAAGUAGUGAUGGUCCUGAUUGA